UGACGCUGUGCCUGGGUAUCGGCAGCCGAGGGAGGCUUAAAGAGACAACAGUAAAAUCAUAGCAACUUGAGGACAAGAGAAAUGAAAAAGAUACGGGCGACGGAAGAACCAUGAGAUCGACUGCCUUCCGAUAACUAACAUUUAAAGAUAUCCAGCCGCCAUCUGGGUCUCCUGGUUACCUGCGUCUCUCCUGCGGACUCUGGGUUGCCUCCUCUGCCGUGGCCCUACAACAUGGAGAGUGUCCACUGUGUCACUGAAGGCUGACCAGAGGGGAAGAGGCUCUCCAGGAGAUGUUCCCAAGUGGCCUUGUGGACGCAGUAGCUGGGCUUCGGAGUGGCUUUUUAUGACGAGUAUUGUAUAUACAUCUGUGGUCGCAUCCUAGCACAACCUGCCUAUUCUUCAGGCGGGGACAUGGAAGACUAGGUCCGGCGCUGGAGAAACCCACUUGACUGGAGCCUCUCUGACAAACAAGGAAGAAGACAAAAAGGGAAGCACUCAGCAGAAGAACCUGCCUGAUAGACACAGCAGGCACUUCAGCUGUAGUUUCAGCUCAUUUAAAGUGUCUUCCGAGUCAUUGCCCAUUUUCAGCAACACCUUUCUCCUGAAAGAUUUGCCUCCCUCCCCCCUUACUAAAGCAUACUCUGCUGGCGUUAUUGGAGUUUCUAUGGUUUGCAUGGCUGGAGAAUAACCGUGGAGAGGCCAGGGUAUCACAAGCUUAUGGAUUUUGACAAGAGAGGGGGAAAGGGAGAAGCAGAGGAAGGGAAAAAGAUGUCUAAGACGGCAGGCAGCAGGACUGGACAUGGGGGCCGGAGUUCAGGGACCAAUUCUGGAGUUCUUAUGGUUGGCCCAAACUUUCGUGUUGGUAAAAAAAUCGGCUGUGGGAACUUUGGAGAGCUGCGGCUGGGAAAAAAUCUCUAUACUAACGAAUAUGUGGCCAUCAAAUUGGAACCUAUUAAGUCCAGGGCGCCACAGCUCCAUUUGGAGUAUAGAUUUUACAAACAGCUGGGAAAUGCAGAGGGAAUUCCUCAGGUGUACUACUUUGGUCCCUGUGGGAAAUAUAAUGCCAUGGUGCUGGAGCUGCUCGGGCCUAGUCUAGAGGACCUGUUUGACCUCUGUGACCGCACCUUUUCCCUCAAGACCGUCCUCAUGAUAGCCAUACAGCUGAUAACACGGAUGGAGUAUGUCCACACCAAGAGUCUGAUAUACAGAGACGUGAAGCCAGAGAACUUCCUGGUCGGGCGGCCAGGAAGCAAGAGGCAACACACGAUCCACAUCAUCGACUUUGGUCUGGCCAAAGAGUACAUAGACCCCGAGACCAAAAAACACAUCCCCUACCGGGAGCACAAGAGUCUGACUGGGACGGCACGCUACAUGAGCAUCAACACACAUCUGGGAAAAGAGCAAAGCAGAAGGGAUGAUCUGGAGGCGCUGGGUCACAUGUUUAUGUACUUCCUCCGAGGUAGCCUUCCCUGGCAAGGCCUAAAGGCAGACACUUUGAAGGAGAGGUAUCAGAAAAUCGGGGACACCAAACGAGCCACGCCGAUCGAAGUGCUUUGUGAAGGCUUCCCCGAAGAGAUGGCCACCUACCUGCGCUACGUGAGGAGGCUGGAUUUCUUCGAGAAGCCUGAUUACGACUACUUAAGGAAGCUCUUCACUGAUCUGUUCGACAGGAACGGCUACGUCUUUGACUAUGAAUAUGACUGGGUCGGCAAAUCACUUCCCACACCGAUUGGUCCCAUCCCCAGUGACACGCCCCUGCAGCCCAGCAGCAGAGACAAAGCACAACAGCAGACCAAAAACCAGUCGCCUGAGCCCAAAGGAAGUGAGUCUCAGCCCACCCCCGUGACCAAUAAGGAGACUUUGGGGUCGCACCUCACAGCUGAGCGGCUGGGGGGCUCUGUUCAGGUGAUGAGCUCAACGAACGGGGAGCUGAACACUGAUGAUCCCACAGCCGGACACUCCAACGCUCCCAUCACCGCUCCCACCGAGGUUGAAGUGGCCGACGAAACCAAGUGCUGUUGUUUCUUCAAAAGGAGAAAGAGGAAAGCCCUCCAGAGGCACAAGUGAAAGAAGACAACGGAGUGAACUUGAAUCAUUGUGGUCACUGUCAAGUUUUAAAUGGAAGCAACUACACAGACCCCCGUCUCCCCCUCCUCCUCCUCACCUCCUCCCCCCUCCCUCACCUCUCGUCCUGUCACUCUGUACCCCCUCCCGCCCCCCCACGCCCGCCCCCACCUCCUCGCGCUCUCUCUUUCUUGUUCUCAGUGCUCCACGGCUACUGGCGAGUAAAGGAACGUUGCGGUUCUACUGACUCCACAACAGACUUUGAUUCCUUUAUCAACAAUAAACGUACCUGCAUUACAACGGGGAGCUUGAGACAAAGUUAAAAAAAAAAAAAGCUGUAACAAUGAAACCUGAAUACGUGGCGUGAAUAUGAAAAAAGAUACUGUUUGAAACAGUUGUUGUAUUCUAGAUUCCAUAAAGAACGUGUAUUGUUCCAACAGUCAGCUGUUGAUCAGGGGGAACCAUCACCACUGGUUCGAGUGAAAGAAAUCUGCUCCUUAGGAAAUUGUUUUUCUGUUUUUUUUUUUUUUUCUUCCUUUUGGUGUGUGUUAUGGGAUCAAGGUAAGAGGAAAAAGUGAACUAUGCUGAUGUUAAAUGAAAGACACAGGAAGGAUUUUAUCUAUAAAACAGAAUUUGGAGGAUUUUUAUGUAUUUUUUUUUCUUUUUUUUUUGUAAUUGAAUCCUCAGUUUUCAAAGUCACAUCCCUUCACUGAAAACUUAUUUUUAUGAUGUAGUGUUCUGGACUUCAGUUCUUCUUUUUUUUUUUCCUCCCCUCACUCUGGCUUUUCUUUUUGUCUGUCGAUGUGGACUUUGUAGCACAGUCACUGGCCUCAGGUACUGUGGAAGAUCGAGAGGAACAGAUAUUAAGCUCUCUUAUUAUUAUUGCACUUUUGGAGAAAAAAAAAAAAGAAAAAGAAAACGAUUACAGUGGAACUUUAGGUUUGAAAUUAACAAUUAAGAAAACAACUUAAUAAAGACUGAUCUAGGAAGAGUCCUUCACGACGCUUAUAUCUGAGUUAUGGCCGAAAAAUGUCGAUUUACAUGAAGAAGAAGAAGAAAAAAAAAGAUAUGUCUUUCGAUUUUUAUUUCUUACAUCAAAAAUAAUUUACCAGGAAAUCAUAGUUUGUGCCUUUCUAAGUAAAAUGUUUAAAGCUCAA